AUGACAGACGGGAUUCACCCAGACAGCUUCCCACCAGAUGUCCAUGUGUACAGCGGCCAUUACCACCGACCGCACACAGUCAAGGGAACCAACAUUCGCUAUGUUGGAUCUCCAUACCAAGUGUCCAUGUCUGAAGGGGGUGAGAAGAAGCAGCUGCUGAUCUUGGACAAAGAGUGGCGAGUGGAAUCUACAAUGGAUCUGGACCUUGGGCCCAGGCACUACCAGCUGGCCAGCACUAGCCCAGAUAUCCCUGCAAACAUGAGGCGCGGUGACAGGGUAAGAUGGACCAUUCCCUCCAGUGCGCCAGGACCCGAGGUGGAGAGGAUCCAGCAGAGCCUUCGAAACAAAGGGGUUAACCUUGAGGUUGUCCUCCAGCCAAACAGUUCUGCUGUGCCAAGGAUUGAGGAGGCGGAACAGCUGGGAGCUAUCCAGUUGUUUGAGAAAUAUGCAGAGGCAAAGGGAAUGGCAGAUGCUGCCAAACAGAAGGGUAUCAACAUUCUGAAGGCGCUGGAAAGCGAUGGCACGCAGUUGGGCCUGUUGCCAACCGCCGUGCGCUUUGAGCACAUCGAGGUUGAAGGCUUCGGCCCUUUCAAGAAUGCAUGCAGAUACCCACUCCACAAACAGGGUAUCCGUGUGAUAAGUGGUCAGAACUUGGACGACGUCAGCUCAGAAUCAAAUGGGGCAGGGAAGAGUAUGCUGGUCACAGCCCCCUUGUGGGCUGUGACAGGACGCUUGGACGCACGUGCCGAGGCAGCUUCCAGAGGCAUAACAAACUCGGACAUCGUGAAUGAUGACUGCACAACAGCACGAGCAAGGCUGCAAGGCCAGGUGAACAACCAGGAGUUCAUCAUUGAGCGCUCCGUUCGGCGCCGUGGCCGCACCAGUCUUGUCUUCCAGGUGGAUGGGCAGGACAUCACCAAGGCAGACGCCCGACUGACCCAGCAAGAGAUCGAUGAAUUCUUGGGAGCAGAAGCUCUGUGCAAUGCAGCAUUCCUAGGCCAUGGCAGCGUCACCGCUCUUCUGGAGGCUAACGAUCGCCUGUUCAAAUCGGAGCUGGGAAAGAUCGUGGAGCUGGAUGUAUGGGAUUCUGCCCGUGGGCAGUCAUUCUCCUUACUGAAGGAUUGCAAACAGGAGCUUGAGCAAGAGAUACGCGUUCUGAGCAUCCACACAGCCACGCUGGAAAGAUACAGUCAGCAGGUUGACACGGUGAAAACAAGCGCGCAAGCAUGGCAAAGGGAGAAAACUGAAAGAGAAAAGGCAACUGAAGCCCAAGUGGAAGAAUGUGCGAGGUCGCUCAUCUCGAUGGUUGAAGAAUGUGAAUCGUUGAGAGAGCACCUUGAAAGAUGGCUGGACACUGUUCGUAAGGAAGUGGCGAAGUCAGCAGUCCCAGUCAGCACCAUGGGAUCUGAAGCAGGGGUGAGGCAAUCAAGCAUCGAUCUACAAAAUGAGCAAGAGGACAACCAGAGCAGCAUGAGUGUGAUGAGCCAGGCCACAUCUUUGGUUGAAAGUGAAGCAUGCAAUGAACAGUGGACAAUGGGCAUGAGGGAAUCUCAGCAUAGUGAAUCUGGGGAUAUUCCAGGGAUGCCUUCAGCCAUGCACCAAAGACUGCAGCGUGAGGUUGAGGACUUGAGGGAGAAGUUGCAACUGGCGAAGCUGAAGGAAGCAGAGCUGUGUGGAGUGGUGCAGGCGAGCAAGAAGAGGCUGCUCUCAUACCAAUCCCUGAGAAACACUGGUGGUGCAAAUGACGCUCUGGUCUGUGAUCAGUGCCUGCAGCCUGUGAAGUUGGAAGUGUACGAGGACAACCUGUGCAGAAUUGAAGAAGAUGUGAGAGCGCAGGAAAAGGCAGUGCAGCAUGCUGUUACCAAGUGCCGCACCAUCUCAAAUGCCCUGCAAUCGAAGGAGAGCGAGCUGCUGGAGGAGGUGAGGCUGCGAGAGGAGCAGUUGGAGAGGCAACGACAUGAGGAGGGGGUGAAAAUCGCUAGACAGAGGGAGGAAGCUUCUCGACAGCGCGAGUUGCAGGCUAGACUCGAAGCAGAUCGUGUGAGAGAGAUGGAACGUGUCAGCGCUCAAGCGUCACUGAUGGCUGGAGGGGAAAGCUGCGUCGAGCAUCUGGGUGCCGUCAUAUCCCGGCUUGAGCGCAGGCUGCAUGGGCGCGGGCGUGGCUCUGGUGCUGCCACCACUACCAUAGCCUCAGGGAAGCCACCCAACACAAUGGAGGCUGCAAGGGCUGUAAUCGCAACGGUGCCAAAGAUCAUUCGGAGGGCUGAGGAUGCAGGGGAUGAGCUUCGCAAUGCCGUGCAGGAUCUGGAGCUUGUACGGGCAGAACAGAAUCCGUACAGCUCCGAGCAGGACAGGCUGCAGGAAAUGGUAGAGAACCAGGAACGCGACACCGCCAAGUCUCAGGAGAUGGUGGCAGAGCGCAGCCGCGACGUCGACGUCCUCACCGAGCUGGACAAUGCCUUUAAUCGGGGUGGCGUCCCGAGCUUCGUGCUGGAGGGUGCUCUGAGCGACUUGCAACAACGGGCGUCAGCGUUCCUGCAGGACCUUGCACCGGGCAUGUCCCUUGAGCUCAAGGCACAGACGGCAGGGAAGGCAGGGAAGAGCUCCACAGAUGUGGUGGAGAAGAUCAGCAAGGAGAUUUGCGUACGGACAUCCAGCGGAGCCAUUCGGCCGCGGUCUCUUCGGCAACUAAGCGGAGGCGAGAUGAGGAGGCUGGGGCUGGCCCUGGCUCUUGGUUUCUCGGAGCUCGUGGCGCAAAGGGGACGGUUGAGGUGCAAUUUGAUCGUGCUGGACGAGGUUCUUGGCCAGCUGGAUAGAGAAGGCUGCUCGAGAGUGGCACAUGUCCUGGAGAGGCUGCCACACGAUUGCGUCCUUAUCGUCGGGCAGUCAGGGUCAUUCGUGACGGAAGUCUUCGAUAGCGUUGAUUGGGUUGUCAAACAGGGCGGGGUUGCUCGAGUAGAUUGCAGUCCCUAA